UCGUAUUCUGUACUCUGUGGUGUGUGUUGGUUCGUAGUUAGUUGCCGUCGUCGUCACUUCGCGCAAGCAAAAUUUUUUUCGUGGUUAUGUUCAUCCAAAUAAAGGAAAUUUAGUCCCGACACCGAGUGCAAUAUAAAGUUGAACUUGGUCCAUACUGAAAGAUGAUAAAAAUUCCGGAACCAAGAAAGCCAAAGUGACUGCUUUUGACCUUUCAGCAGGUCGCCCGAAAACGUGGUGAUGUAACGUAGUGUGCGGCAGUCGCAAUCCAAAAAGACAUUUCCCGUAAAGUGCUAAGAACAAGAAGUAGGUAUUAGGACCAAAGCUGGUUGGUUCGAAGUGAUUUCCGACGAUUUUGUUCGUCUUCAGUGGUUUUUCCUCUGAUACAUAUUAGUUGGGCAGUAUCGGUCGCCUAUGGCGCAGCAGUAGAUUCGGCGUGGUGAUUUGGCGAUAUUUUCUUCGGAACCUAUGAUGGAUCCUACAUCGUUCACCAUUUGGGAUCCCUCCCAGCCGAACACCAAGAUGAAGAUCAUAAAUAUACCCGGACAGGGGCCAGCUCAAUUGAUCGAAACUGUAUCAACGAACCUCAGCAGCAAUUCCGCCUUGACCGGUCAGGCGGAACACAUCAUAUUGCAAACACACGACGGCCAAGAGUUCCUUGUAGAUGAAAACGACAUUGGACGCAUCGACCAAAUACCUCCAGAAAACCUAAUCUACAUGGCUGCUGAUGACGGUUCGUUGAUCCAGGGUGAAGUGGUUCACGUACAGUCAGAAGACAUGCACCAGCAAGUGGUGCAACAGGGACAAGAAUAUAUGGAGUGUGAGGUGACUGAGGAAGUCAUUACCGACGACUGGGUUCAAACCGACGGACAGGAGUGCGUCCAAGUGACGGUGGAUCAGUUGGGUGCAACAACGGUGAUCGGUGGAACCGAAGAUGAUAUUUCGGUGCCACUUCCUACAGAUCAGGAUGAAUAUACCACCUCACGACCAUAUCCGUGCGAUUUUUGCAGUCGACGGUUUAGAAAAAAGUCAAAUCUAAUGAACCAUAUGAUUGCCCACUCUAACGAUAGGCCACACGUGUGUAAUUUGUGUGGAGCUCAGUAUAUGCGACGGGGUGAUUUAUUAAACCAUCUUAAAUUACACGCUUUUGCCCCCGUUGAUCAGGAGGAUACGAUGCGACAUGAUACAGAUGAAUUUGAAUAUGAUCUGUCAAGAUCUCCACCACCCAAUUUAAAACGACGAUCAUUCUCGGAAGAUGAAGAUGAUCUUUUAAUUCCUACGCCCAUGCAUUAUAAGCCACCGCUUGCAUCAACGACGAAAAUACCGAAAAAGUCCCGAUCAAAGCCCAGUAAUUCCAAAUCGAGUAAAAGAUCUGCCAUCAAUAGACGCCAGAGACAGCAUCAGGAAACCAAAUUCAACCCAUCGGUGGAACCCUUUGUUAACCUUCCGCCGAGGUAUCCUGUGACUGACGAUAGGAAGCCAUUCGUUUGCCAAAAAUGUGGUAUUUCAUUUGCUCGGGAGAAAGCGCUAGCUUCACAUGCCCGAAUUCACGGGGGCGAUUCUCCUUUCGACUGUGAAACAUGUGGACAUCGUUUUUGGGAUCGAGUAAUGCUACAGGAGCAUAUCAGACAGCGACAUGCGGCUAAUUUGGUAGCAGUUUCAACAGAGUUAUCCACACUUCAAACAGCAACGACUUUUCUGGAAAAUGCCGAAGAGGACCUUCCCUCUGUCGAAGAGGAUAUCGAGGGGCAGUACUAUUGCGACAGCUGUGGUAUAAUGUUCCCAAAACAGGAAUUACUAAAACGCCACAUAAGACAGGUUCACACAGUGCGAGAGACAAAAGUCGAACCGAUAAGUCAGAUCGUGCGACAACGUCAUCAGCAUCAACAGCAAAUGAUGGAGGAAGAAGAUGAAGAUGAUGAAGAAACGGACAAUCAAAUGGAAGAAGUUGAAUCCCAACAACCGCUGUCCUGUAACGUAUGUGGAGAAACAUUUAUGGAGGCGUUGGAUUUGCUAGCCCACGCAGAAGUGCACGCACGCUCUGAAAUAUUCAAGUGCCAACUUUGCCGAGAGACUUUCGAAGAAGAACGAGUAAUUAAAGAACAUGUCCAGAAACAGCACAGUCCAGAGCUGACAGAAACUUCUUGCAUGAUAUGCGGGAAGUCAUGCAAGAAUCACGCAGUCUUACUGAAGCACACCUCCGAGCACUCGCGGCAACGUACCAAGCACUUUGGCGGGCACAGUUGCUCCAAGUGUGGUAAAGCGUUUCACAACAAGGCCCGCCUCAAACGACACAUGGUUUCCCAUCGUAACAAAACGGUUCUUUGCGAGAUAUGUCAGGAAGAGUUUCCAGAUGGCCGCAGUCUGAUGAACCAUCGCCACUCGCAUACGAAAACCAAACAGUUCCCCUGUCAUGAGUGCGGCAAAACUUUUGGCUCUCGGUCGUCACAGCAAAUUCACUUGAGGAUUCACUCCGGGGAGCGGCCGUACGGGUGCCGCUUCUGUUGGAAAGCCUUUGCCGAUGGAGGAACAUUGCGCAAACAUGAGCGAGUGCAUACCGGUGAAAAGCCGUAUGGUUGUUCCGUAUGUCCACGUGCCUUCAAUCAGCGAGUGGUUCUCCGAGAGCACAUACGCUCUCAUCACUCCGCACCAGACAGCAAACGAGGUACCACCACACAACCAUACUUUUGUGCCGUUUGUAGUCAACUGUUCGAAACCUCCAUGCAGCUGAUACAACAUCUGAUCCAGCACAGCGAUAUGAAUACGGCCAUGAAAAGACAACCGGCUACGUUUCCCAGAAAGUAUAGACGGCGAAAAAAGGUGAAUGCUCAUGAUGAGGAAAAAUCACCUUAUGUCGGAAAAGGUAGGAAGAAAGAAACCAAAGUUACAUACGAAGUAGCAGAACAAGAACAUGGUGAAGACGAAGAUUUACUUAGAAAUCCUGCUGACGUUUUGCUAGAGUACGGAACUGGAAAUUCAAACACUCAAUUAAUAGCAUCUCCUAAGUACAUAAGUUCGUAUGACCUUUUAGCUGCAACAUCCGUUGAUAGCAAGUCCUCUACCGUAAAUGACAACGGGAUAAAUCUACUAAGCAAUGUUGUACUCGUCUCCAACAGUGAGAAAAAAUAUAUCAAAACGGAAUCUCCUAAAGGGCGUGUAUCAAAGCAAUCAAAUUCUCCUGGAUCAAAUUGUGCAAACCAACCCAGUUCAUCAUCAUCUGGAUCAAGGCCUCGUAUGAUACAUACUCAAAAAACACGCAUAACUGUUAAUGACGGAAAGCGCAAAACGAAGACCGUCAUUACUAAAGACAUUAAGACGGAAAGCACUACUAAUUCAUACUCUACUCUCGAUUUUAAAAGAUCAAAAAACCGCACGGUACCAACUUAUCGGGAAAUUCCAUCCGACAAGAUUUCAUCCGAAAGCUUUCCCCUUCUGGACGAUGGACGAGAAGACGACGGAGAAGACCAAUCGGAAGCAAACCAAGAUGCUUUAGAUGCAUUAUCCAGCAGCAAUACCGAACGCCACCACCAAGAGGUCCCUAACUACGAAGAUCUUUUGAAUCAAAACCUCCUAAUGGAAAUCUCUCGCAAGGACAAAUAUAUCGACAAGUACAACAGCGAUAUCGUCAACGACCUAGAAGAAAUUCUUCGUUCUCCCAUUAAAAACACUAACAACAACGUGCCACCGGCGGUCAUCAUGGCCACGCCCAAAACUAGUCACUACAGCAACAGCCAAGAUGAGCAGGACGAUGACGAUGAAGACGAUUUCGUGCCAAAAUCUCGAAAAGGUAAUCGCAAGCAGCAGCUAAAGAAAAUCAACAAGGAAACUGCUCAGAAAUCGCUCACUUCAGCUCUACGCAGUCAACGUCUAACCCGGCGUCAGUUGGAACGGGAAGUCAACUUCCUACGGGAAGCAUAUACUCCAGACUCGCACUCAUCCAUCAACAUUAAACAGGAAAAAGACAGCCCGGACAAACUGUCCGCCAUGCUGCUGAAUGACCUACAUCAUCAGCCAUCUCCCUCUUCGUCGAUGACGUUGCUCAACCCCAAACAAGAACCAUUGCAACAAGAUCCCUUGGCAACCGAUGAUGGCGAAAGUGAAGGAUCCAAUCUACAGCAACUAGAAGAUCCUUCUGUACCCCUGGUACAAGUAUUUCAAUGCGAAAUUUGCCUGGCAGUGUUCGACGAUCGCUCUCAGCUGUUGUUACACGUGCCAGUACACAUUUAACUCUUACAAUAAUUGUUGAUUACAUAGUUGCGUUAUGAUUCUGUUUUAUUGAUGCUUACGCUGUUUCAGUUUCGGUGUAUAAUCAGUAGUAAAAAUAUACUUGGAUGGAAAGUAUUCUAAUUAAAAGUGUUGUAAUAAAAGUUAUACAAAGAACUUAUUAUCUUGCUUUAAUAGUAUAAGUUAUUUUUGAAAUUAAACAAUUGGAAUAAAAAUGGAAUUGAAAACAA